AUGUCCACGUCUAACCCUCCUAUGCCAAAACCCAACUCAUUAGUCGAGCGACUGGAGGAGCUUGCUUCAGACUUCAGUGCAGUACAUUGCACGCUCGCUUCUGAUAUUUCUCAAAUAAAGUGUCCACCGCGUUCCCAGUCAAGGAGGCAAACGCGUUUCCAGUCAAAACCGCCUUCCCAGGCUUCCAUGCCAACGGAAACCCAGUCGACCGAGCAAAUAGCUAAGCAACACGAGAAAUCGGCUUACGAUAUACUGGUGGCAGUCUUGCGUGACUUGAAUAGUUUAAAGGUUAAGUUGGAAGCAAUAACGAAUGAUGCCGAAGCUCAAGACAGCGCCAAUGAACAAGUCAUGAAAGAAGCGACGAACGGUCUACAGAUGGACACUCGACCAGAUACUGGCGCAGUCGCAACCACUGCACGAAUCGGAAUCCCCGAGCAAGAGAGGUCGUCCCAAUCUCAGGCAAGUGAAGAUUCAUCACCGACAUCAGACGACCAGCCGACCGUCGGGUCAGAGGAUGUGGCCGUCCAAUUCGAAGGCGUUGGUGAAGCCGUGGAUACACAAGCCCUACCCGAAGCCUUUCCAAAUAUGCCGGAGGGCCAACAGCCCGUCGAAUCAGAGGACGUAAUCAUGGGUGAGAGCGAAAGUGCUGACGGGUUGGCACCAUCGCAUUCACUCGAGGGCAACGAUGACGACACGGCCCAUCGCACAACCCCAGAGCCAAGUACACCAAGACCAAGUCAAUGGGUCAGCUUGAAUAUAAGAGCCGAGAGCUCGUCCACGGGCAGCUACACGGCUGUGAGCGAAUCACGUGCUUCCACCGUGGACAGGUCACCAGCUGGCUCUGUUUCGACUCGCAUCACAUGGCCAGACAGCUCCACUGGUGCUUGUGAGCAAGAUACUGCCAUGUCGGGCGUUGAGAGUACAGAUGAUGACCAAUCACGAUACUGUCCGGCUGGAGGCCUUAACGCAACACCAGCUGAGACGAAUAUCAUCCGACCGCCACAGGGUCCUGCAGCCAACGAGACAAUCAGCAUGGCAGAUUCUGUGGUCGAUAUUGAAGCUAAUUCUGCCCCUCAGACGCCUCAGGGCCAUAUAACUAACGACGAGGCUAAUUCUCCUGGUUCCCGCCAAUCACCGGCAGCAGAUGACACCGAUGUCCAAGGAGAUACCGACCAACAGGAUACUGGACUUCAAAGCAGAUUACCCACUCUAUCGCUCGCCGAUAAGGCAAGACUUAUUUCCAAGAUUCAGGAAUUAGAAGCCCAAGGAUGUGCACAACACAUCUCGGUUCCCCAUGUUGAUGUUGAAUUGGAAGAUGUGAAAAAAUGCAUCGACACAGGAGACUGGAGAUGUACAACCAUGGAAUACAAAGCGGGCCGAGAAGGCGAGAGAUACGUGUCGAUCUAUGCCGGCAAGCCGAAGAACCAACCUUUGAUCGAUUGGUCAGCUUUCACUGCUGAGUUCAAGCGGCCCACAACUGAGGAAGCCAAGGCUGUCCAAGCAUGGAUUAACAAGGACUCGACUGAAACACCAUCUUCAAGAAGGCAAGAAGUGGACAUCGGUAUGCACGUCGCACGAUGGACUACUGCCUUUCAUUUUCUUGAAAUCAGAAAAGGCUCUUAG